AUGGCUUCCGUAACAACCGUCACCAAGUCCAACAUCGGUGUCUUCACCAACCCGAAACAUGAUCUCUGGAUCGCCGAAUCUACCCCCACAGUUGAGGACAUCAAUGCCGGCAAGGGCUUGAAGGCCGGUGAGGUCACAGUCGAGGUCCGCAGCACUGGUAUCUGUGGCUCCGAUGUGCACUUCUGGCACGCUGGUUGCAUUGGUCCCAUGAUUGUUACCGGCGACCACGUCCUUGGCCACGAAUCCGCCGGCCAGGUUCUUGCUGUCGCUUCUGACGUCACCCACCUCAAGGUCGGCGACCGCGUCGCUAUCGAGCCCAACGUUAUCUGCAAUGCCUGCGAACCCUGCCUGACUGGCCGCUACAACGGCUGCGAGAAUGUCGCUUUCCUCUCAACUCCCCCCGUCGACGGCCUGCUGCGACGCUACGUCAACCACCCUGCCACUUGGUGCCACAAGAUCGGUGAUAUGAGCUUUGAGGACGGUGCCAUGCUGGAGCCCUUGAGUGUGACCCUGGCUGCCGUCGAGCGCAGCGGCCUGCGUCUCGGUGACCCUCUGUUGAUCACCGGUGCCGGUCCAAUCGGAUUGAUCAGCUUGCUCAGCGCGCAGGCCGCGGGUGCUUGCCCCAUUGUCAUCACCGAUAUCGACGAGGGUCGUCUCGCGUUCGCCAAGUCCCUCGUUCCCGAAGUACGCACCUACAAGGUCGAGAUUGGCAAGUCCGCCGAGCAGUGCGCAGACGGUAUCAUCAAUGCCCUCAAUGACGGCAAGGGCUCUGGCCCUGAUGCCCUGCGCCCCAAGCUUGCCCUGGAAUGCACCGGUGUUGAGAGCAGUGUCAACUCUGCUAUCUGGAGUGUUAAGUUCGGCGGCAAGGUGUUUGUCAUCGGUGUCGGCAAGAACGAGAUGACUAUUCCCUUCAUGCGUCUCAGCACCCAGGAGAUCGAUCUGCAGUACCAGUACCGCUACUGCAACACCUGGCCCCGGGCCAUUCGCCUUGUCCAGAACGGUGUCAUCGACCUCAGCAAGCUGGUGACUCACCGUUUCUCUCUUGAGAAUGCCCUUAAGGCCUUUGAGACUGCCGCCAACCCCAAGACUGGCGCUAUCAAGGUGCAGAUUAUGAGCUCGGAGGAGGAUGUCCAGGCUGCCACUGCUGGUCAGAAGGUAUAA